AGGCCGACAAGUCAAGCUCAGAACACUCAACCAGUGAAAGGGAAAAUCCAGACAUCUCCUUCUGGUAAGGUCAAAAAGAGAAGUCGAAUGUUUCUAGCAUAACUGCAGACGCCAGGGGCCCAUGCCCCCCCCCCUGCUACCUCCAUAGUAUUUUGGGACUAAUUCCACACCGGGGCGGAUUUACCGUGGGGGUGCAGGGGGAUGCGCACCCCACCUAGUGGUGUCUUGCACUCCCUAGAGAGAAGUCCAGCACCACCACCCAAAAAUAUGCUUACCAUGCAUUUUCCGCUUUUCGAAUAGCGAUUAGCGGAACUUGCUGUUAGCGCGUGUCGAUUCCUUGAAACGAUUUAAUUGAUUUGUGAGCUCACGAGAAAAUACUCGGAAUGCUUUAGUUAAAUAUCAUGGUUAAAUAUGUAAACAUGUCGAGGUUGUCAUACAGCCAUAGUUUCAAAUACACUGUACUUUAACAAGCAAAUGUACUGUACUGUGCUACAGCAACUGUCCAGUCACGCAUACGUGAUAAAAGCCGAUAUAAUCUUUAUAAACAAGAAUUCAUGUAAAACGCAACAGAACGGCGAACAUGCAGAUUCGGCCAUCUCAAAUAAUGGUAAUGUUGGGAUAGUAGCGUUGCAGACUGCUGGGGAGAGUGGGCAGUAAGGCUCCCUCACGCACCACCCCAUGGAAAACCUGUACCCCUCCUUGCAGAUGAGGCUAGAUCCGCCCCUGAUUGGAGCUAAAUAUCUAAACUGGGAAUUACUGGCAAACAACUUUAAAAAUUCAGUAAUCUAAACAAACUAGCUCCGCCAGCAUGGCCUGCAUGAAUCCCUUUCGAAGGCUGGCUACCUCUACAAAAAUCAACUCUCUACGUAUGGGUGUAUCGUACAAUGGCCUGUAGCCCUAGAUUUACGCCUGUAUUCUAAAAGCUCACUCACACUCGAUGAGUGGAGGUUCAAUCUGAGCUUCCCUUGAGUGUCAAUGCUGUUUUUGAAUAGCUGGAGGGUGACUAGUUACAUUGUACGGUACGGCACUAACCCUCCAGCUAUUCAAAAACAGAAAUGACACUCGAGAAAAGCUCCAAUUGAAACUCAACUCAUUGAGUGUGAGUGAGCUUUUAGAAUACGGGCGUUAGAGUUGCAGCUCAAUUUAAGUGUAUUUCUGUUGCAGGGACAAUAACCAAUAUCCCCAAACACAUGGUGACGGAUCAGUUUGGAAUGAUUGGUUUAUUAACUUUCAUCAGAGCAGCGGAAACCGAACCCAAUUUAGUCACCUUGGCUUUGGGAAGGUACAGGCUAUUAUAUUUUAUGGUUAAUUUCAUCAUUUACAGUGAGUAACAUGCCUUUUCCUGUAUUAAUUUCUACAUACAAAAUAAAGAUGGUUACAGACGAGCAAGUCUUCGAUGACAAGUUUUUAUAUGGCAAGUUUUCUUUGUCAAUUGCACAUGUGGACGUACAACAAAUCAGUUCUAUGACAAGUUUUUGGUUUUCUGACCGCCACGAUAGCUAUAGUAAACUACAGUAUUUAAAACAUUAGAUCGCUGACCAACCGCAUGCAAGUCUUCAGAUUAAAAGUUUGCCAAAUUUUCUUUGUUGACCUAUACAGACGAACAAAAUUUGUACUUUGACAUUUUUUUCUAUGACAUGUACACUUCUUCAAAAGCUAGCGUACUAGCUAGCAUACUAACUAGCGUACUAUCAUAAUUUUUUUUUAAUGUACUCAGGUGAAUGUGAUGCUUGUGAUGUUACUCUGAGUGAAUAACCAUACCUGGCAAGCUUGAAAAAUAUGCCUGGCCACGGUUGGUGUUCCAAAGGUCGUAGGUUCGUUUCUUACGGUGGCAAGGCAUAUUUUUCAAGCUUGCCAGGUAUGGUUAUGCACACAUCACAAGCAUUAUACUUAUCAUAGUAAAAAUUGGCAAAGUUUCCUAUAUCAGAUGACCAAAUAAAACUUGUCAUCAGGGCUUUCAGAAUUAUUCUGAGUAGGUGUCUGUUUUGAUAAAGUAGGCGGCUGUUGGGAGGGGGCGGUCUAGUGGGACUUAAACUAGUGUAUAUUGAUUAGAUAGCAACACAACUGAGCUCUGGAACCAAAUUAUAAUGCAUGACUAUACUUUGAUUCUUCAACAAGAUAACUUCAAGAUUUAAGAUGGCAAAUAACUAAAUCGAUUUUACGAAACAGUACACCGUUUUCGAAAAUAACCAGGCUAUAAAGUAUAGACCAAGUUGAGGAACAAUAAGUUUGUUUGAAAGCUUAGAAUGGAGGAAGGAGGGCAGAAUUGAUAUUUCAAGUACUAAUCAAAGUAACCGGUGGUGAACCUUGUGGCACCCGCUGGAGCUCCGGCGGCGCCGGCUUAUUUUGAAAGCCCUGGUCAUAUGAAAACUUAUAAAAAACUUCCUCGUCUUUAACCGGCUUGCCGUAAUUUCUGUAUUAAGUCCGCGGGGGGGAGGGCUUAUUUUUUUCAAACAUUAAGGGGGAACUUAAUAGAGAGGGGAGCUUACUCUAAAUUUAUACAACAAGUGUUCGAUUCUUUUUUGUCUACCAUAUAAAUGCAGACAUAGAAUUUUAGAAUUUUAAUCAAGGUAAUUUAGAAUUUUAAAAUGGUAAGUUGUGGUGUCAGGACGCUUCAAAGCGAUGUCAAAUGAAAAGGCAUUGAUGUAUAUUUUAAAGAAUGAACUAGAAAAAACGGCCGACAAACUGAAACAUAUGAACAUUAAUGUCAAUGCAGUAAAGACCUUGAAUAAAAUAUUAUAUCUUUGACAUCUUGUAGUACCUCAGAAGUAAAAAGAGAAACGGGGCUUAUUUUUUUCUGCAUCCAAAAGGGGGGCUUAUUAGAGAGAGGGUGGGGUUGAAAGAAGAAGGGGGCUUAAUACGGUAAGUCAUGUUUCUUCACUGAUUUGCAUCCUUUGGGAAUGAUUGGAAAUGCGAUUAUUCACGAUAAGUGUAUUUAUUUAUUCUUUACAGUGAUCUAACAACGCUCGGACUAAAUCUCAAUUCACCAGAGUAAGUCAUUGCUUCUUGAUACCUGUAUCUGCAUUGUUGAUUAUUUAUUCAGACUAUUCCUGUGGUUUUGUUUGCAGGAGUCUUUAUCAAACGUUUGGAUCGCCUUUCUCGGAUUCGCCUUGCAGACCGCAUGAAAUAGGUAACACUUGUUUUGUAAAUUGCUGUGGUUUGUGUCUGAACUACUUGAAAAAGAUAUCUCAAAUGUGGUGGUGCAGUGUGGGUAGUAUUGUACAAUAAGCUGUCGUUGUUUGUGUCUGAACUACCUAAAAAAGAUAUCUCAAACGUCGUGGUCCAGUGUAUGUAGUGUACUACAAUAACCUGUUGUGGUUUGUAUCUGAACUACCGGAAAUUGAUAUCUCAAACGAGGUGGUCCAGUGUAGGCAGUAUUCUACAAUAAGCUGUUGUGGUUUGUGAACUACCUUAAGAAGAUAUCUCAAACAUGCACUGUUAAUUUCAGGGAGUUAACUUAACUCCGGUGGAGUUAUACUGUACCUCGAUUAAUUCCAAAUAUGGAGUAAAAUUAGGUUCAGAAUAAUACCACUGGAGUUAAAUUAACUCCCUGAAAUUUACAGUGUGGUGAUCCAGUGUAGUUAUCAUUAUACAAUAAGCUGUUAUGGUUUGUGCGUUCUUUUAUUUUAUUUUAUUUUAUUUUAUUUUACAAUUUUUGUCAAAUAAAUGACAGGUUAUACCCACAGAGCAGAACACUCCUUUACGGGUAACCUUAACUAUUUAUACAGAAUACAUAUAAGUGAUAAUUAUUAACAACACGAUUUAACAGAGAGACUAGACAAGGGACGACAUGAAUGACACUUAACACAGAUUGUUUUGUGUCAUAAUUUUCUUCAGACAUUUUUAAAACAUCGAAAUGUUUUUAACCCUUCUUCAGGCAGUUCAGACAGAAACAAUUACCUACACUGGACGUUACGUUUGAAAUAUGCUUUGUUCUUUCUUUCUUCUGAGAUUUUUCUCAAUCCUAUGAUGUUCUUUAGAUUUCAACGUGCCUCCAGAAUACAGAAUAAAUUCUUACAUCAGAGAAAAGUUGGCGCCGUUUAAGCUUGGUCGUUAUGGAGAAGAUGUAUUGUUUUAUUUGUAUUACACGAAUGAAGGAGAUGUCCUACAGUUGGCUGCUGCCGCAGAAUUGUAAGGAUUUUAUUUAUUUAACUUAGCAAACCUAAACUAAACUAACUGUAUUUAUACUGCAUAUAGCUCUAUCAGUUCUAAACUGUUCUCCCUAGAGGUCCAGUAAGGAUCAUCUCUUAUUGAUCCAGUGUUACUGCAGGAGGAAACUUAAACUAAACAAACUUUAUUUAUACUGGAUAGUUCUAUCAGUUCUAAACUGUUCUCUUUAGAGGUCCAGUAAGUAUCAUCUCUUAUUGAUCCAGUGUUACUGCAGGAGGAAAGUUAAACUAAACAAACUUUAUUUAUACUGGAUAGCUCUAUCGGUUCUAAACUGUUCUCUUUAGAGGUCCAUGCAGUAAGGAUCAUCUCUUAUUGAUACAGUGUUACUGCAGGAGGAAACCUAAACUAAACUAAUUUAUUUAUACUGGAUAGUUCUAUCAGUUCUAAACUGUUCUCUUUAGAGGUUCAGUAAGGAUCAUCUCUUAUUGAUCCAGUGUUGCUGCAGGAGGAAACCUACACUAAGCUAACUUUAUUUAUACUGGAUAGCUCUAUCAGUUCUAAACUGUUCUCUUUAGAGGUCCAGUAAGGAUCAUCUCUUAUUGAUCCAGUGUUACUGCAGGAGGAAACUUAAACUAAACUAACUUUAUUUAUACUGGAUAGCUCUAUAGUUCCUCCUAGAGGUCCAGUAAGAGUCAUCACUUAUUGAUUCAGUAUUACUACAGGAGGAAACCUAAACUAACUUUAUUCAUACUUAAUAUUUCUGUCAGGUUUAAUUAGAGAAUUUCUUCUAAAACAUCUCGGCAGCACUACUGUAUAUUUUUACACGUCACUCUAAUGUGGGGACCAUUGACAUACCAGAUACCUCCAGUGCUAGCUCUGAGAUCAGUGGUUUUCAUUUUCAGAUAUUCACGUGACUGGCGCUACCACAAGGACGAGAGGGUGUGGCUAACUCGCGUGCCCGGGGUGGAGCCGCUUCAAAAGACUGAAGUUUAUGAGAGAGGCACGUACUACAUCUUCGAUUAUCUCAACUGGCGGAAGAUUGCUAAGGAAUUCCAUCUGGAGUAUAAAAAACUUGAGGAAAAACCAGCGUUGCAAACUUUAGCUGCACAGUGAGUACACAUAGGGUCGGGAUGAGUUAUAGAGCGAGUAGGGGUGAAUAGGGACAGCUACAAGGUGCAAUACGGGUAACUCAUGGAUAGAAGCCAGUUCGGAGUUGCGCAAUGUCUGGUGAUAAAAUGCAGUGUCGACCUGAAAAAUAAAACGUUUCGAGGGUAGGCGUCUCGUCUGGGAGUUUGGCAAACUGACUAAACUGAAUGGCCUUCGCAUGAAGUUCGUUCUUCUUUUUCAUCUAAGGGACGGGUCAUAUAAC